AUGUGCCGAGCCAUGAUGGAGUCUCGACAACCAUACAGCAGGAUCUGGGGUGGAGGGCGAGACACACAUGGUAGUGGUGCUGGAUUUCAGGGGUGCCAAGCAGGCUGCUGUGGGCCGGCCAGUGCUUGCAUCACCCCCAUUCCCUGCCCCUGCCUCCCGAUCCCUGUCCUGCGGGAGCAGCAGCCUCCAAACCGACCUGUGUCGCCACCGACACGGCAGACAUGUUGGCGAAGAUGA